AUGCAGAUUUCUCGCUGUGGCAUUCAUGGUUUCCAUGAGAUCCUCGGAAUCGACGCUGAUGAGAUCCGCUUCUACUGGGCAAUUGAGAGCAAGGACCAAGAUGCGACUCAAGUCGCUUAUCGCAUUGUGGUGACAACUGAUGCCACACAUCUCGAAUCAGAUAACUCAGACUCUUCCAAAUUGGUCUGGGACUCCCAGCGUGUUGAGAGCAGUGAACAGAGAAACAUCCUCUGCAAGCCGUCUAACGGCUUCCAAUCCACUACCAGUCAUUUCUGGAGAAUCACUGUGUGGGAUCAGAACAACAAUGCCCACCAUGGCCCAAUAAACCACUUCUUCACUGCUUACCCGCGAUCUCAUCUUCUGCCGCCGUACAGUAUGAACCAGACAUACAUGCCUCACACCAGUCUGAUUUUCAAGUCUUGGUUCGAAGACGAGGCAAAUCGCUGGAAAGCGGUUUGGAUCGGUGAUGGCGGCGACAAGCCCAUUUAUCUCAGGAAGUCCUUUGAGCUGGCCCGGAAGCCAGCUCGGGCUAUCUUGUUCGCAUCGGGACUGGGCCAUUUCAAUAUGUCGGUCAAUGGUCAGCCGGCUUCUGACCACCGCCUUGAUCCAGGCUGGACCAAUUACCACCGCCGUGUCCAGUUUACAUCCUACGAUGUGUCAGACCAUCUUCAUGCAGGGCAAAAUGCCCUGGGCGUUCAUCUGGGCAACGGCUUCUACGCUGGAGACAAAGGUGGCGAUGACCGCUUCUUCUGGCCCAUGUACGAAGAUAAUACAUACGUUCGGUACGGCAAUGAGCUUUGCUUCUUCGGUGAAUUGCAUCUUUUCUACGAGGACGACGAGCACAUCGUGCUCACCUCUGAUGCGUCUUGGAAAGUGAGGAAGAGUGCGACCACACUGGCUAAUAUCUAUGCCUCUGAGAACCAUGAUCGACGUCUCUACCCUGCAGGCUGGGACUCUGCCAGCUUUGAUGAUACAGAAUGGGCCCCAGUAAAGCCUCUCACUGGGCCGAGAGGCCAUCUUUAUUAUCAAACCCAGCCUCCAGUUGUGCUGCAUGAAACCUUCGAGCCGGUAAAGGUUCAUAGCCCUAAGAAGGGGGUUGUUUGUUACGACCUGGGCCAGAAUUCAUCGAUCAUGGUCAAACUCGCCGUCGAAGGCGCUGCUGGCUCAGAAAUUGUUGUUCGAUACUCAGAGACUGUCAGAGAAGAUGGCACUGUCUUGAUGCCCGAUCCUCUGUUCAAGGAAUUCGAGACAGGCGUCUUUUCAAAAGUUGUGUUGUCUGGCACUGGCCAGCCUGAGAUCUGGGAGCCAGACUUCAGUUUCACUAGUGCUAGAUACAUCCAAGUAGAGGGUGUGUCCUUGGAUGCCGGUGACGGAUUGCCCAUUAUUCAUUCUGCAGUUGGUCGCCACAUCUCCUCAGCGGCUAGAAAGCUCGGAACUAUGACAACCGACAAAGAGGAUGUCAACUCGUUGCUGAACGCCCUAUACUGGUCAUUUAGCAGCAACCUCUUCAGUUACCACACCGAUUGCCCACAGAUCGAGAAGUUUGGUUGGCUUGAAGUCACUCAUCUUCUUGCUCCGGCUACACAAUACAUCCGCGACAUGGAGAGCUUGUACACCAAAAUCCUUGAUGACAUCCUGGACAGCCAGGAGCCUAGUGGUCUCGUUCCAACAAUGGCGCCGGAGAUUCGCUAUAUGUGUGGCCCUCUGCAUGACACCAUCACGUGGGGCUGUGCGCUGUGUCUGCUUCCCGAUAUCCUGCGACAAUACUAUGGGUCCACACACGUCAUCCCCAAGGUAUAUCCCGCUGCAGUUCGAUAUAUGGAAUACAUGCAGACCAAAGAGCGCAAGGGUGGUCUGAUUGAGCACGGACUGGGUGAUUGGGGUCGGGGUAUCGCCUUUGGCAACAACCAAGCAAACAUCGAGACAGCCAUCUACUAUCGCUGCCUCCAAUGCGUUGAAAUGAUGGCUCGCGAGCUCGGCAAGCUUGAAGAAGCCGAGAAGUUCAAGCAGUGGUCUUCUCGUAUCUAUGACACCUACAAUAAACAUCUCCUGGUGACUGAUGACCCGUCCCGACCCUAUGCCUAUUACACAUCGCUCGACAACUACCCAGAAAGGGACCGCGACGCAAUCGCCCAAGCAAUGGCUUUGCAAUUUGGCCUCGUACCCGCCAAGCACCACAGCGACGUAAUGUCCGCUUUCUUGGACGAUGUCGCCGAUGGCAAGAUCCGCGCUGGUGAAAUCGGACUACGCUUCCUUUUUAACACACUCGCUGAUGCCAAGCGACCGGAUCUCGUUCUGCAAAUGGCCAGACAGGAGGAGCACCCUUCAUACAUGCGUUUCCUGCGCCGUGGAGAGACAACGCUGCUGGAGUUCUGGCAAGAUGAAUGUCGCAGCAAGUGUCAUGACAUGCUGGGCACAAUCUACGAGUGGUUCUACGCUGCCGUGCUUGGGCUGAAGCCUAUUUCGGAGGCAUACCGUACUUUCCUGAUUGAUCCUCCUUAUGAAUCUGAGUUUGGCCAUAUUAAGGGAUCUGUCGAUUCUCCUUACGGCAUGAUUUCGAUUGAAUACACCUGCACGGGAGGUAAUUCGGUAAAAUUGGACGUUCAGGUGCCAUUUGGGACUAUUGCUACCGUCAAGCUCCCGCUUGGUAUGAAACAGGUUGAGGUCGGCCGUGGAACAGACGCACGCAAAUUUAUCGAAGGGAAAGAGUUGGAGCUCAGCCAUGGACUUUACAAUGUAUUUAUUCAGUUAUAG